ACGGAAGCAUACGAGUUUACCAAUCUGUUAUCGUUCUCUUAUAGUACUCUUCUCGUUAUAUUUUCCUACUUCUCUGCUUAAUGGUACUAAAAUAUGACAACACAACGGAGGCUAAAAAGUCAAAAUUUUAUUAGGUGACAAACAUCUCCGGUUUAAUUGUGGCCAUUUUGUAUCCACAUUUAAAAAACACUUCAUAUUCAUCAUCUCUGAAUUCAGCAAUCAUUCAUUAAUCCACUGUCUAAUUCGAAGUUCAAUUAAUCUAAUUUCAGUUAUACUAUUUGUUUACCCGCCGUUGAAGGUUGAACUACAAACCCAGAAAAUUUUCUCUUAACAUAUUGUAUGGGAAUUAUUGAUUAGCAUCAAUAAUGAGUUUUGCUACUAGGAUUAAGAGAAGUUCUUCAUCAUCAUCUUCAUGGUUUUCACAUUUCUGUGAAUCAGCUCGUCGGACUAAGCCCCUUGUACCCAAUUCUUCGGAGGUUCGAACCAACUCGGGCGACGGGCUUAUCCGACGAUUAGGUCUUUUCGAUUUGAUUCUACUUGGUGUUGGUGCCUCUAUUGGUGCUGGAAUUUUUGUUGUUACUGGUACUGUUGCUCGUGAUGCUGGUCCAGCGGUUAUACUUUGCUUUAUACUUGCUGGAGCAUCAUGUAUACUCAAUGCUCUCUGUUAUGCUGAGCUAUCAUCUCGUUUUCCUGCUAUUGUUGGAGGGGCAUAUUUGUAUGCAUACUCGGCUUUCAAUGAGCUCACUGCCUUCUUGGUUUUUGCUCAACUGAUGCUUGACUAUCACAUUGGGGCAGCUAGUAUUGCAAGGAGCUUGGCCAGCUACUUCAUUGCUUUACUAGAACUGAUUCCCGCUAUUAAGGGAAAUAUUCCAAGCUGGAUAGGACAUGGCACUGAUGACUUUUUGGGUUUUUUCUCCAUCAACAUUUUAGCUCCUAUCCUGUUGUUCAUCCUUACUGUAGUUUUAUGUUGGGGUGUUGGAGAAUCUUCCAUUGUGAACAAAUUCAUGACUGUCACAAAGGUUGUUAUUGUGAUCGUUGUUAUCAUUGCUGGGGCUUUUAAGGUUGAUGUAUCAAAUUGGGAUCCUUUCGCACCUAACGGUUAUGGUGCAGUUUUAACAGGAGCAACUGUUGUAUUUUUUGCUUAUGUUGGAUUUGAUGCUGUAGCUAAUUCUGCUGAAGAGUCUAAAAACCCAAAGGAUUUGCCAUUGGGAAUUAUUGGAAGCCUUCUCAUCUGCAUAGUUUUAUAUAUCGGAGUUUGCUUGGUGAUCAUCGGAAUGGUUCCUUACAAUCUUCUUGGUGAAGAUGCUCCACUGGCCUCAGCAUUUGCUUCCAAAGGCCUGAAAUUUGUCACUGUUCUGAUCAGUGUUGGUGCUGUUGCUGGGCUUACAACUACUCUUCUGGUCGGACUCUAUGUUCAGUCUCGCUUAUACCUUAGCCUUGGAAGGGACGGCUUAUUACCUAAAAUUCUUGCUAAAGUGAAUCCCAAGCGGCACACUCCUAUGAAUUCUCAGAUCUGGGUUGGACUUAUUGCUGCUGUUAUGUCAGGGCUAUUCAACGUGCAUGUGCUUUCUCACAUUCUUUCAGUUGGGACGUUGACAGGCUAUUCUGUUGUGGCAGCCUGUGUUUUAUCCCUCCGAUUCGAAGAAAACUCCCCAAAUGAUGCAUCAGCUAGAUGGUGCUCUAAAUGGGCUGAAGGUGUAAUUUGGCUGGUUGUGUUAGCUUGUUGUGGUUUUGGUGCAGGAGUGCUGUAUCGUUUUGGUGCUUCAUACUUCUUUUUGAUCAUACCGUUGGUCAUUGCUCUAGUUGCUUUAGUGGCUCUUUACAUCCGCCAAGUUUAUUCAGAUCCUCCUGGGUUUUCCUGUCCAGCAGUCCCCUUCUUGCCAGCUCUCUGCAUAUUUUGCAACAUAUUCUUGUUUGCUCAGCUGCAUUAUGAAGCAUGGGUGAGAUUUAUUGUUUUCAGUCUAAUUACAGUGGGCAUAUAUGCUUUCUACGGCCAGUUUCAUGCCAAACCGUGUUCAGAUGAAACAAUGGUCUACCAUAGGACCUCUCCAGGGAGUCCACAUCUACGGUAAAUUUUUGGCAAGUACUGAUACGUGCAUGCACUACAUACGACAAAGCAUAUUGAAUUCUUAUGCCACUUGAUUCUUGCAAAUUAUUGUUGAUUGUCGGAGUAUAAAUGCAUGAUUUCAUGCAAAUAUUUACUUGAAUAGGUGUGUGCGAUCAAUGUUCUCCUACAGUUUCAAAGUCCCAUAUUCUGAUCCUUUUGAAGGAGACUGUUGUACAUUAUAAUCAGUAAUCUUUGUAUUGUUAAGUUGUUCUAUCAGUCUUCUACUUGUAACAAUAAUCAUUUAUGUUUGGAUCCUAUACUCGGUGGCUUCUUCUUGUUAAGUUGUUCUAAGACCAUUCCAAGGAGAAACCAAUUUAUGUGCUUA